AUGACAAAGACGACGAACAAUGUUGAUACGAUACAGGAGGUAAGCGCCAUUUCGCCCAGCUACGAGAUCACUCACUCCAUAGUGCUGCAGGACCGUCUCGUCGAGCUGACGGAGAUGGAGCGAAACAACUCAGAGACGACCGACGAUUCGCCGUUUACCUCAGCUUUGACGACGCCUGUGGAUCAAGAUGUGCCCAUCAAUGUCUACCAGGGCAUACACGAGGCUCUUGAGAGAGAUAUGGACGGCUCAGCGGUAGACUCGUACUUUGGUUCAAAGGCUGUAGGCAAAGGCGCGGAUAUCGCGCAGGUAUCGCAGCAAUUAGAGGAACGAAGGGUAGUUGAGGUUGAGAUAGCCCCAGACGCAAUGUUGGAACUGGUGGCGACGACGUUGGUCCCGGAAGCGAUGUUGGCCCCGCAGGCGACGUUAGCCCCAGACACAACGCCAUCCUCGGAGACGUCGUCGCAAUUGGUCCUGGAAGACAUUACAAGCCGCGCGCCUUCUCCUCCCUCGCUAUACCAAGAGCCGGGUGCUAUGCUUGGGGAUUCGAAUGAGGUCCGGUCUGGUGAUCUUUUACCGCGUGCUUUCUCUUCCGGAUACAUCAGCCAGGACGAUACCAGUUCACCAUACUUCUCUUCUCCCGAUAUCGAUACCCAACCGGCGGCGACCAUCUAUACCCUGCCGAACGGACCCAUUUUGGUGGAGAGCCUUUCCACCGACUCCCAAAAUCAGCUCACCGUCGACGACGCAUACCCCACAGGCUUAGAGCCUAACAUUGAUCCCAAAGUAACUCCUUCCUCCGUUCUUUCCGAUCACUACGAACCUAGAUACCCCGAUUUCGUUUUCCACGCCGUCGCCAUGUCUGCAAUCCGUGUAAUUUUCUUCCUACCCUGGUGCGUAGCAGCCGGAGCCACGCUCUUCCUCUUUCCCCACCAUCUAGAGCUCGUCAUCUUCGAAACUGGCUUUCUCGAGCCAUCAAAAGGCAUCUAUCGCUUCGCCCACUUUGCCAAGUGUGGAAUGCAAUACUCGAUGACUUUCCUGGCGUCUCUUCUGUUGUUCAUCUAUGAAUAUCCGAAUUUGGGAAUGGUCAUUACAGGCGGUCUAUUGGCGCUGUUUUUUCAUGCUUGGCAGGACUUUGAAGUGGAUCGGAACGUACCUCUUGGUCAUGACGACCGGCAGAUGAUUUACAUUCUGGCGACUAGCUCUUGGCUCACUGGAGAUUCUGUCGGCAUUCAAAAGGUCGAGGAUCAAUAUUAUCUUUCUUCUGCGACGUUGAAGAAUCGGGAAUUUGAUGUGUUUGUUGAGAAGGAUUCGGACGAGGAGUGA